AUGAACGUUAACGUAACCGACGAUUUCAACACGGCGCAAGGCCAGCAAUGGCUCCAAAGCAUACAUGACUACAGAGUCCCCCUGCUUGUCGUAUCAACAUGCCUCAUUGCCGUCCUCCUCAGCAGACCUUUCAUCAAUAGCAAAUCCGACAAUGAAGGCGGCUUACCUGCUUCUCGCCUCUGGCAAUGGGAUCCUUUCCUAGGUCUAGAUACCGUAUAUGGCCAGAUUACAGCGCUGAAGACAGACACCUAUCUCGACUGGCUCCAAGCUCUUCACAAAGGCCACAAGAAAUCCAAGACUUUCUCCCUCCAGUUCUUCACGGGGCGCUGGAUUUACACUAUCGAGCCGGACAUCCUCAAAGCCGUCUACUCGACCAAAUUCAAGGACUUCGGCGUCGAGCCCAUCCGCCGCAACUCCAAGUUCACUAUGCCCUUCGCCGAUAAGGGUGUCAACACAACCGACGGCGAGGAUUGGCAGUUCAGUCGCGCACUGAUUCAGCCAUUUUUCGAGCGCGAUGUGUACCACGACACUGGCCGUAUCGAGUCUUUUGCUGAUUCUUUCAUGGCCCUGUUUCCGGCCGUCGACGGCGAGACCUUUGAUGUGCAGCCGUUGCUGCAGAGAUGGUUCUUGGAUAUCAACAGCGACUUCAUCUUCGGCAAGUCAAUGGACUCGCUGAUUGAUCCAUCCAAGGUCAAGUUUGCGACUGAUAUGGUGACUGCGCUGCGAGGCGCACGUUUGCGAGCCCAAUCCCACCGUUUUAUGUGGGCUUUCAACUGGGGCUGGUGGCUCGAGGCUAUCAACGACAUUCACGCUAUUGUCAACGCCCACAUUAUCGCCACAUAUAAGGAAUUGGACGAGCGGGACCUGGCCCGCAAGAAUGGCCAAGACCUUGGCCCGGAACGUACUGAUCUUCUUUGGAUCAUGGCCCAGCAGAUGAGAAACGACCUUGAGGGACUGCGCUCCCAGGUCUGUCUCAUUAUCGUGCCAACGAAUGACACCACGUCCAUGUUCAUCGCCAACUGCAUCUGGUAUCUUGCUCGACACCCUGAGGCGUGGGAAAAACUGCGCCAAGAGGUAGCUGAGCACGGCGACAAGCCACUGACUUUCGACGCGUUGAGAAACAUGGUAUAUCUCAAUGGCGUCAUGAACGAGAACACGGUCCUCCCCAUUGGGGGAGGCAAGGACGGCCAGGCUCCGCUGGCCGUCCGCAAAGGCGACAUUGUAACCGUUUCCAAGAACGUCAUGUACCGCGACCCGGACUACUGGGGCACCGACGCUGAUGAGUAUCGCCCCGAGCGGUGGGUUGGUCGUCGCGGAACCUGGGGCUUCGUCCCGUACGGAGGUGGGCCGCGUAGGUGCCCGGCGCAGAUGAUGGUGCAGACCGAGUGUGCGUACAUGUUGGUGCGCAUCGCACAGAAGUAUCGACGUCUGGAGUCGAGGGACUCAAAGCCAUACCAGCCGGUUAUGCGGAUUGGGCCGUCAAACAAGCAUGGUGUCAAGAUUGCUCUAUACAAGUGA